AUGACACAGCAUUCUACUCUUUCACUCUCAGAAUUGGCCAAAGCCUUGGGUUCUGAAGGCGCAUCUGCCUCUCAGGUCCAAGGUACAUCGACAAAACCGCUCUGUGAAAACAUAUUUGAUGUUGAAAGAGGAGAUCUAUAUGAUGUUUUGCAGAGAUUACGAAGUGCCUUUUGGGCUGAUUCUGUACAGAAUACCGCUAUCACACCCACGCCUUUAGUAAAACCUACAUCCCAACCUACAGACUUAGAGAAAACAUCAAAAGAAGCAAAGAAGGCUUUGGAGAAUAUAAAGGUGCUAUCACAGACAUUAGCAAGUUCACCACGAAAAAAACAAAAAACAAUGCUAGUUACACCGCAACCUCACCUUCAACAACAACAACAACAACCUCAAUCACAAGCACAAGCACAAGCACAAGCACAAGCACAAGCACAGCCACAGCCACAGCCACAGCCACAGCCACAGCCACAGCCACAGCCACAACUGCAACUGCAACUGCAACUGCAACUGCAACAACUGGCUCCAGCCCCAGCUCCACAACUACAACCGCGACAGCAAAAACCUGCGUUAAAGAUCAAAAAACCAACGGCAGCUCUACCAAAAUACGUCACCACAAAAUACUCUUCAUUGUGGCCUUUGAAAGCCCAUAUUAUGCGUCAACUGAAGAUGAGUCAAAUGAAUUACAAAGAAGCAAAGGUAUUGAAGGCACUGUCCGAGUAUGAGCAGACACUCGGUGUGGUUCAACGGCGUCAAUUGGCAGUCUAUCUAUUACCAGUUGCCACUGGAUUCAGAAAACCUACUGUUGAAAAAGUAUUACAAAAAUGGUGUUGAUUUCUAUCUCUAUCCCUAUCUUUAUCUCUACCUCUUGCUCUGUAUUUUACACAAAAAUGUGACAUUCUUUUUUUUCUUCAAUUGUGAAACUCAAGCUCUUUAUUCACCUAACAAACCCCCAAACAGAAAGAAGAAGGUUGCUUUGUAAAUUUAUUGCAUUUAAAGUAUAGAUAUAUAUAUGUGUGUGUGGGUGUAUAAAGCUUAUCAUUAGAGUGUACAAAGAUAAAGAUUUGUAUUAAAAUAUCAAAAAAAAAAAUACUGACUACGAUUAAUUGGCGUGGUCAAUAUAACGAAGAUACAUCGGAAUGAGAUAAAGUGAGCCUCUAUUGCAACAUAAUAAAUUAUUGUUUGUGAUUUAU